GUUUACUCCAUAAAUAUUCUUCAUCAUCCAACUUCCCAUCAUCCACACCCACGUCCACUGCUUUAUCCCUGGCUAUAUUUUAUUCGCUUGGGGAAUUCUUGUCCUGUACGCUGCCAAAAUGAAGGGAAAUACAGAACGCGACGCUCGUCGACGUGCUGUUAGGGCUGUUAAGGAAACCAUUUCCCAUCAAAAGGAUCUUCUUAUAUACGAGCACAAAGACCUCGAUCAACAUGCCCCCAUUCAGGUUCUUCCCAUGCCCUUGACCAGCGACGGUGAUCCGAAAUUCAAGUCUGAAUUCUUUGACCCCUUUCGCAAACCACUCCCAGACCCAGAUGAGGAUAUCCAGUUUUGUCCUGCCAGUCCGAAGGAGCCUGACGACGCGAUGAGCGAAGGUUUGGUCGUGGGCAAUUAUUUCAAGAGCUAUAUCUGGGAUGGCAUAUACAGAGGCAAGGCCGAUAAACACAAUAAUCCCAUGCAGCCCAUUGAUUUUCCACGGUGCUCCCUUUGGGAGUUUGAGUUCGAGGAUUCCAUUGACUGGCGCUCCGGCGGUAUCGCUGACUCUCCCGACGGGCCUUGGAUCAAAUGUAUCUUCUACGAUAGUGUCAAUCCAAACGAUCACCAGAUCACCCGUGGCGAGAUCCUGUGUAUCUGUCGGAUCAUGACCACCUGCCUCAGUCGGCAGGCCUAUAGCGCCCAUUACAUUAUUCCGGUGCUUUUGUUAUCUUUCGUGGGCCCCAGACACGCCCGCAUUCUCCUAGCCCACCACGACGGCACCAACCUGGUGAUCCGCCAGUCCGAUCGUUUUGCACUCUGGGAGAAGGACAUCCCCAAAUUGAAGGUCUUGCUUCGAUGGUGGUGCUCGUCUGGGAUCGGGGAUACCGGCACUACCAAAGCUGUGUCAGAGUGACGCAGAACCUCCCCUGCCUAUCGCUCUCUUGCCUAUGAUCUUGUUUAUUUCAUGAAUUCGUCUACGAAUGGCUCGGUCGGUGUUUGGUUUGUUUUGGUUUUGUUGAACUGUUAAUGAAAGGGUGAAUCGGGUGGGUUUAUCUGGCGUUGUGGUGGACAUCAGAUAUACUAUGUACACCUCAAGUCAUUCAGGAUGGAUUGGAGUUCGGAACAUGCUUGCAAGCAUGAUAUGUAUCAUCGGUCAGAUUACCUGGAUACCC